AACUGCCGGAUCUAUCAGAUGGAUUAAACCUACCACCAAACCCUCCUCACCUCCACUUCCUCCUUCCACGGCCGAUCGCCGCCGCUCACCGCCGCCGCGGCCACCUCUACUUCCGCCGUGCCGCUGCUGGAAGCGCUGGUUUCUGCUCUAUCCUCCGCCAGAUCCACAUCGCCGUUUGCUGACUUCAACAUUUUGAACUAGGAGCUGAUCCUGCUCGCCUCAAUCCAACAUUAGAUCCACUCGCCGCCGCAUCUCGCGCUGCAGCUGAGCUGAUACUUAAUUGCCGCUGCCGCCGCCGUCGUUCUAUGGAGCUGCGGAGAAUGUUGGACGGUGGAAUUGGUGAUUGAGCUGGCUGAGGGAUUGAGGUCAUAUGGUGUUUGUAUUGUGCACUUUAAUAGACAGUAUGGGAUCACUAUGCAGUAGACAUCGGCAGAGUCCAGCUGAUCCUGCGGAGAAUGAGCAGACUGCGGAAAUUGAAAGGCGAAUUGAGCAGGAAACAAAGGCUGAGAAGCACAUUCAGAAACUUCUGUUACUUGGUGCUGGAGAUUCUGGAAAGUCCACCAUUUUCAAGCAGAUAAAACUUCUGUUUCAGAGCGGGUUUGAUGAGGCUGAGCUGAAAGGCUAUACUCCAGUCAUCCAUGCCAAUGUUUAUCACACAAUAAAAAUAUUAUAUGAUGGGUCGAAGGAAUUGGCUCAAAGUUUAGAAGAUUCCUCAAAGUUCAUUGUAUCUGAUGAAAAUAAGGAAAUUGGAGAAAAAUUUUCAGAAAUUGGUGGUAGGUUGAAUUAUCCACGUCUAACUAAGGAGAUCGCACAUGAAAUUGGAACUCUUUGGAGAGAUAAUGCCAUACAGGAAACAUAUGUCCGUGGUAAUGAACUUCAACUUCCAGAUUGUGCUCAUUUUUUUAUGGAAAAUUUGCAAAGACUGUCUGAUAUAGACUAUGUUCCUACUAAGGAAGAUGUUCUUUAUGCCAGGGUUCGGACAACCGGUGUUGUAGAAAUCCAGUUCAGCCCAGUUGGAGAAAACAAGAAAAGUGGGGAAGUAUAUCGUCUCUUUGAUGUGGGAGGCCAGAAAAAUGAACGAAGAAAAUGGAUUCAUUUAUUUGAGGGCGUUUCAGCUGUGAUAUUCUGUGCUGCUAUAAGCGAGUACGAUCAAACUCUCUUUGAGGAUGAUAACAAAAACCGAAUGAUGGAGACAAAAGAACUCUUUGAGUGGAUUCUGAAGCAACCAUGCUUUGAGAAAACUUCGUUCCUGCUGUUUCUCAACAAAUUUGAUUUAUUUGAAAAAAAGGUCCUCAAAGUCCCGUUGAAUGUUUGUGGGUGGUUCAAGGAUUACCAGCCAGUUUCAACAGGGAAACAAGAAAUUGAGCAUGCAUACGAGUUUGUGAAGAAGAAAUUCGAGGAGCUGUAUUUCCAAAGCACUGCACCUGAUCGUGUGGACCGGGUCUUCAAGAUCUACAGAACAACGGCCUUAGAUCAGAAGCUCGUGAAGAAGACUUUCAAGCUGGUAGACGAGACUUUGAGAAGGCGAAAUCUAUUCGAAGCAGGGCUCUUGUGAUGCACCAAAAACCGAAGAAUCAACGCCUCAUGGAGCUUCGGAUUUCUGACUUCACGCUGCUGCUUCUUUUAUCCCCAGGUCACAUAAUUCGGAUUUUUCGAAUGUGGUCAUAUUACCUGUAAUUUAGCACCCCCAAAAAAACUCGCAGUUAUUCCAUUUCCUCGCUGAAAGACCUUCCAAUUUUUACUUUAUUUUAUUUGAUUUUUUUCACUACAACGAUUGACAAAGCACCAUUUCAGCUAUAUGUUUUUUGUUAUUCAUCAUCUGUAAAUGAGGUGAUCUGGCUGUAAAUCACAUUGAUUUUGCACCUUAUGCUAUAUAUAUUUCUUCAAUAUUAUUACA